GGCUGGUCCUGGGUAAGGACAGUAUAGAGAAGGACCAGGCAUUGGGAUCAGAGCUGCGGUGUGACUCGCUGCUUGAGAUAAACUGCAUGCAAACAACCAACCAACCAAGCAAGCAAGCAAGCAAGCAAGCAACCAACCAAGCAAGCAAGCAAGCAAGCAAGCGACUGGUUUCGUUUUGGGUUUUUUUCAGCCCUCCAUCCAGCAACGAGAGCAACGUUAUAUUAGCUGGAUCUGCCUCGCUUGGUUUGAAAACCCGUUCAGGGCUGCGAGACGAACAGCAACGAAGAUUUACAAAAAAAAAAAAAAAAAAAAACUGAGCAAGUCUGCUUCGCUCCUCGCUGGAGAGAGAGAGAGAGAGAGAGAGAGAGAGAGAGAGAGAGAGAGAGAGAGAGAGAGGGGAGAAUAAUUCGACUGCCACACCCGCCCCCAGGAGCAGUGCAGGACUUAGCGAAAACACGCCUUGCAAACUGGUGCUGAGACACGGGAGAGCUUGAUUACAGCAAAGCUUCAGCUAUAACAAGCCUUUGUUAAAUACACCAGGGUUUGCAUUUAUUAAUGCAUUGAUAAUUAUUUAUUUAUUUAUUUAUUUAUAUAUAAAAUAAUAAGUUCUCCACCCAGUGGCCACUCCGCUGCAUUGCAAGCCUUAGCCAUGAGCAACGACAAUUCCAAUCGUGCCGGCAGCCGUGGAGACGACGCGUCAGCGGUGGGCGGGGAAGCGGCGGGGCCCGCGCAGGGCCCGGAGGGGGGGGCCCAGGAGACCGGGGUCUCCUCGGACGAGAUGGACGCGCACAGCAACGGGAGCAGCGGGAACGAGACGGCGGGGCACGAGAGCCGCAGCGGCUCCAGCUGCCACGACAAGGACUCGGGGCUGCUGGAAACCACGGAGAGCAACAAGAGCUCAGACUCCCAGAGCCUGUCUCCCCCCAGCAGCUCCAUCGCCUACAGCCUGCUGAGCGGCAGCUCUGAGCAAGACAACCCCUCCACCAGCGGCUGCAGCUCUGACCAGUCUGCCCGUGUGAAGACUCAGAAGGAGCUGAUGAAGGCUCUGAAGGAGUUGAAGCUCGGGGUGCCGUCAGAGCGGCCCGGCAAGGGCAAGUCCAGCACCCUGGCAGCCCUGCAGUACGCUCUGAGCUGUGUGAAGCAAGUGAGAGGUAACCAGCAAUACUUCCACCAGUGGGCUCAGUACGAGAGGCAGCCCUGCAGCCUGGACCUGUCAGCAUUCACCAUCGAGGAGCUGGAGAACAUCACCUCCGCCUGCAGCCUGAAGAACACGGACACCUUCUCGGUCGUGGUGUCCUACCUCACUGGUCAGGUCGUCUAUGCCUCACACCAAGCCUCCUAUGUGCUCCGCUGCAAGCCAGAGGCCCUGCAGGGGGCCCGAUUCUCUGAGCUCCUGGCCCCCCAGGAUGUGAGCGUCUUCUACAGCUCCACCGCGCCAUGCCGCCUGCCUUCCUGGAGUGCCUGCAUGGGAGCAGCUGUCGCCCCUCUGGACUGUGCCCAGGAGAAGUCCAUGUUCUGUAGAAUCAGCAGUGGCAGGGAGAGGGGAGGGGGGGUGCGUUACUGUCCCUUCCGACUGGCCCCCUACCUGCUCACCCUCCGAGACCCCGAGACCUCCGAAGCCCAGCCGUGCUGCCUCCUCUUGGCAGAGAAAAUUCACUCAGGAUACGAGGCUCCUAGAAUACCUUCAGACAAGCGUGUUUUCACCACCAGUCACACACCCAGCUGCCUUUUCCAGGAUGUUGAUGAACGGGCUGUCCCUCUUUUGGGGUACCUGCCCCAGGACCUCGUGGGGACCCCGGUUCUGCCCUACCUUCACCCCGAAGACAGACCAGUCAUGAUUGCCAUCCACAAAAAAAUUCUGAAGCUCGCAGGCCAGCCCUUUGACCACUCCCCGAUCCGGUUCUGCGCUCGGAACGGUGAGUACCUGACCAUCGACACCAGCUGGUCCAGCUUCGUCAACCCCUGGACACGCAAGGUGGCCUUCAUCAUUGGCAGACACAAAGUCAGGACGAGCCCCUUGAAUGAGGAUGUCUUCUCUCUUCCUCGUGUGGUUCAUUUCAAGUCUCUGGAGCCCGAGAUUCACCAGCUGAGCGGACAGAUUCAUCGACUCCUGGUGCAGCCCGUUGUCUCCAGUGGUUCUCAGGGGUACUGCAGUGUUGAGAGUAGUGGUUCCCCUGAGCAGCUCCUCAGCAUCGCCUCAUCCAGCGACAGCAACGCGGCCGAGGAGGCCAGGCUGCACAAACCAGUACGUCCCCGAAUACUCACCAGUACAGACCAGUAUACAGAGCAGCACCCAACACAGUACAACACACUGCAAACCAGUAUGUACCAGCAUACAGAGAAGCACAGAAACAAGCUCCUAUCUGGGGUCGUCGUCCACUCCUCCUUUCCCCCCUCCCCAGUGGUGCUGACUGUAGGGUGCCUGCCUCUUCUCUCCGCAGUGGGGAGCAGCGAGACCCCCAGGCAGCCCGGGGAGACCCCCAAAGAGACGGUCUACGUACCCCGAAUCUCAGCUCUCAAGGAGGCUGUGAGGAAAGAGCCGCCCUCCACCUACUCCUACCAGCAAAUCAACUGCCUGGACAGCAUAAUCCGGUAUCUGCAAAGCUGUAACACCCCCAGUACUGUGAAGAGGAAGUGUGGCUCCACCUCCGGCACGACGUCAUCGAAUUCCGAUGAUGACAAGCAGAAUAAUCGAGCCGGCUCUAGAGGCCAGGCUUCUCCUGCCUCUGCUGCCGCUCCUCCAGCCUCGGGGCAGGGGGGGGGUCUGGGCUCGUCCCACCCCCUCGUCCCCCUCGCCCCCCUCGCCCUGCCAAGCAAGGCUGCCAGCGUGGUGUCCGUCACGAGCCAGUGUAGCUUCAGCAGCACCAUCGUGCACGUGGGGGACAAGAAGCCACCAGAGUCAGAUAUUGUGAUGAUGGAGGACCCCGCCACGCCUUCCCAGGCCCCUCCCCUGGCCACGCCCAGCGCGACCCCUGACCCCAAGGACCCCUACCGCCGGGUGGGGCUGACCAAGGAGGUCCUGUCUGUGCACACGCAGAACGAGGAGGAGGUCUUCCUGAACAGAUUCAAGGACCUGAGCGAGCUGAGAGUGUUCGACCCCGCGGGGCAGGAGCAGAGGGGCAAUACCCACGGCGGGGGCAACAGAGGAGCCAUGCGCAGUUCCCGAAACUACCCAACAGGGGGCAGCAGCAGCCGAAGAGGCAAAUCCAAAGCCAAGCGCCUCAAACACCAGCAGCUCUCCUCCCCCCAAGGUCGUGCGGCGGGGGGAGGAAGGGGGGCUGCCGGCCUAGGUGUGGUCGGACGAGAGGCGAUGGGGCAGGCGCCCGCCCCCCUCGUCGCCCCCGUGAUGGCUUUCGUACUCCCCAACUACUUGUUCCCUCAACUCGGCUCCCCUCUGCCCCAGCCCGUGUACCCAAACCCUUCUCAGAUGUACCCCAGUGCCCAGGCAGCUGCAGCCCCCUCUCCCCUGGGGUCGAGAUGGGGGGAGUCGAUGGGGGGAGCGAGCCCCCUCUCGGGAACCCCCAAGCCCCUAUCCCGCUCCAGCACCCCCCAGUCCGGCAGCUGCGCCCCACACGAGCGGGAAGGAGCCCGCUCGCCCCUCUUUGAGUCACAGUGCAGCUCCCCUCUGCAGCUCAAUCUGCUGCAGCUGGAAGACAGCACCCCCAACAGGCAGGAAGUGGCGACGCAGGCAGCAGCUUCCAUCGCAGCGGCAGCGGCAUUGGCGGCUCGGGAGUGGGCGGGGCCUCAGGCCAGGGGCGGGGCCAGGAAGCAGGCGGUCGCAGGAAGUGAGGUCGUCCGGGAACAAAACAAACACGCCCGUUCUCUCAGCUCCCCUGACCAGGAUGCCAUGUCGAGCUCCACUGACCUGCUGGACCUGCUCCUGCAGGAGGACUCCCGAUCGGGCAGCGGCUCGGCCGCCUCGGGCAGCGGCUCGGCCUCGAGGUCCUCGGGCUCCGGGUCCAAAGGCUGCAGCGGCUCUGCCAGCGGUACCAGAAGCAGUCGGAGCAGCCACACCAGCAAAUACUUUGGCAGCAUUGACUCCUCGGAGAACGGGCUGAGCGGGACACAGCGAGACGGGAGCCGGAGUGGGGCGGGCAGCCUGGCUCCCGAGAGCGAGCAGCUCCUGAAGUGCGUGCUGCAGGACCCCCUCUGGUUGCUCAUGGCCAGCGCUGACGAGAAGGUCAUGAUGACUUACCAGAUACCUGCCAGAGACAUCCAGACGGUGCUCAGGGAGGACAGGGAGAGGCUGAAGGCCAUGCAGAGACAGCAGCCUCGGUUCAGCGAGGCGCAGAAGAGGGAGCUGAGCGAAGUGCACCCCUGGAUCAGGAGUGGGAGACUACCCACGAGCCUGAGAGCGUCUGCUUGUGUGGGCUGCGGCCUAGCUAACCCGGUCGCCGUGGCGACGCCUCUCGAUGUGGAAGUCCACGACAUGGAGCUGAGCGGAAUGCUGGACUCCAGGGAGGAGAACGACGGGAAGGCGACCGUCGCCCUGGAAACGGCCAUGGAGGAGGGAGGGGAGGAGCCAGCGACGCACGGCAACGACCAGGAAAUGCCAGCAGAGGAGCGGGAGACGAGGAAAACCGAGAACGAGGACAAGAGACACGGGGACGCAAGACAAUAAGAGACACGAGGAUGAGACGAGACGAGAGGGAGGACAAGACAAUCAGAGACAGGAGGACGAGAAAAUAAAAAGGAAUUUGAAAAAUCUGUAGAGGUUUUUUUUUUUAUAUUUAUUAAAUCUUCUGAAAAAAUGUACAACUUUCAAACAGCAAAAGGUAAUAAUUAAUAAUUUAAAAAAAAAUAAAUUACCUCCCCUCUAUUUAUUUUUUACUUGUUUACAUUUUUAAUUAUCGACAAAAAAAAAAAAAGAUGAAUAAUAAUAAUCUGCCAUUUUGAAAAUACUACUGGCUGAAGAAUGUAAAAUGGAGUUGGUGUUCCCAUGGAAACAAGACAGGUGACAUAUUGGUGGGGCCAGAGUUUUGAUUGGCUGAGAUCUCCCACGGAGACUGUAGCCAUUCUGAUGUCAUGAGUAGGUGGAGUCCAGAUCAGAGGUUGGACAUCAUUGUAUAUUAUUGUUAAUGUAAUUAUCGUUAUAUGUUGUGAAUUGAGGCAAAAGGAGAAUUUCUAUUGGCUGUGCUCACACGGCAACACGUGGCAAAAUUACCAGUUCUUAAUUGUGAUUGGCUGCCCUCUCCUUCCCAGAGACAAUUGACUUUUGCACAGGUGUGAAGUGAUCACACUGAGACCAAGGACAGGGUGCAGAUCCUGAAUUCCGAUUGGCUGAACUCACACGGAGACCAAGGACAGGUUACAGAUCCUGAAUUGUGAUUGGCUGUGCUUGCGCAGAGACCAAGGGCAGUUUUCAAAUCCUGAAUUCCAAUUGGUUGUGCUCACACGGAGACCAAGGAGAGUUUACAGGCUCUGAAUUGUGGUUGGAUAUUCCCUUCUUCAAAGAGAGACUAUACUGAGGAUUUCGGAGCAUAAUAGUGGCACCAAACACAAGUGACAUGAACACAGCUUCUCCCUCUCUCCAUCUCCCUCUUGCGUUCUUUCUCGAUUGAUGUCUGGGUUCAUUGCAGCAUGUUCACAUUUUGUAUUAAAAUAAAAAUAAAAUGAAAUAAAAUA